CGAACACUUAACGGAUAACCCAAAAUAGCUUCGAAGAAUAUUGCUUGAACAGUAGUUUCCCCUUAUAUACAAAAUAAGGCUUCAAUAUGGCUCUACCAAACGGUAACAUGGAGAUCGUGUUUUCAUUCGACACGACGGGAAGUAUGUCCAGCUGCCUCAAUGAAGUUCGAGGACGUAUAUCGGACAUGGCACAAAGGCUGCAGGCUGACAUCCCCGGUAUAAAGAUCGGCAUCUUCGCGCACGGCGAUUAUUGCGACAAGCAUAACUACAUUACGAAACACGUUGAUCUCACAACUGACAUUACAAAACUCAUGGAUUUCGUGCAAAAUGUGAAACCCACGGGUGGUGGCGACAGCGAUGAGUGCUAUGAGCUUGUCCUUCACGAGGUUCGCACCAAAUUGUCCUGGACGCCGGGCACACAGAGGGCACUCGUCAUGAUUGGCGACUGUAACCCCCACGAGCCAAACUAUCCACAAAACAAGCUGAAACUGGACUGGAGGAAAGAGGCAGAUGCUCUUGCUGGCAUUGGCGUUCGCAUUUACAGUGUCCAGUGCGCAAGCUACGGCGCUGACCAUUUCUACGGCGAUAUUGCUAAACGCACUGGAGGUCAGCAUUUGAAGCUCAGCGACUUCAAGAAUGUGUUCGACUUUUUGAUGACCGUUUGCUAUCGUGAGAAGAGUGACGAUCUGUUCACUUCCUAUGAGAAGGAGGUUCGCGCUCGAUGCGGGAAAGUCAACAAAGACAUUGAUAAGCUAUUCGGUGACUUGAGGGACAAGGCCCCAAUGGACACUGAUUCAGCCAUGUCAUCAAAGUCUGACAAGCCACUCACUAAAGCCAAGAAAGUUGUGACAGCAAAGGCUGUGAUGACAAAGAAAACUUCUGUAACAAAAGUCAAGACCCCACCUAAACGCCUACGGAGACCCAAAAGUAGUGCCAAUAAAUUCGCUGAUAAAAAUCUCCCAAAACUGCGACGCGAAAACGUUCCCGAAAACAAUUUCCUGAUGAGGCAACUAAAUUGGAGUCCCUGGAAAUUGGCAAUGUCUACAAACAAGAUCGACGGAGGAGCCUGCGUUUCAAGAAAAGCUGGUGGCUUCCGAGUUAAAGAAUUGUUUAGCGGCAAAACCAAAGUCCCUGCUAUCUAUGAGGUUGCUAUUCAGCCAAAGUACCGCUGCAGGAAGUAUGUGGUAUUCAGAAAAAUGUGUCGCCGAGGAUUUCGUAUUGAAAAAAGAUGGGAGCGAAACAUCUUUUCCGGACGCAACAUUCAGCAGCAACUGUCUAAGUGUCUGCAGAACAAUUGUAAAGUAUUCAUGAGAAGGCUGCUUCUUGACAAUGGCAAAGUCACGACAGCGGUGAGAAGAUACGUUACCAGAUACGACUAUGCCUGGAAGAAUGGACAGUCGAGUAUCACUGAGCAACGGGAAGUCACAAGGGCAGGUGUGCAGAUUUCCGUUUAAAUAAACAUUUGCGUACAUUAAACAUAAACUUUAAGUUGUAAAAACGGGUGUUUGUGAUGUAAAUACCCGUUUUGUUUUUCUUAUAUUAUGUUACGUGUGUUUGUAGUAACUUAAUAUAAUUGAUUCAUUUGCUCAUGCGAUAAGUUGAGACAGUGCAUUAUAUUGUAAAUAAUUGUAUAUAAAGUGUAUUAUUUAAUAUGUAUAAAUUAUUCGUAACUUUCGUUUCUACAUAACUCACUAUACAUACACCACACAUUGUAUUUUUUGUUAAAAAAAUAAUUGUUGUGACGUGAAAUAAAUAUAAAAGAUUGA